AUGCUGGCACUGUUUCAAUUCAACUAUGUAAGUGUAGGAAGGAUACCCCUGCCACCUUUCUGCAACCGACUAUUACCACAUCUUGUCGAUAUUGAUCAACUUGCAGCCCUCGAUUUCCAAGCCGCAUCUGUCACUGGCGUCGAUAUCGAUCCCAAGCUGAUUGCCCAAGCCGACAAGCUCCUGGCCUUGCGCGCUUCUCGUGCGAGACCCCCCACGACUGGCUCGGCACCCGUUGUCGACUACUUUCCCAUAUCGGCCGUGCUCACUCAUGGUUACCGGAUUGAACCGCAAAACAAGGCUGCGCACAGCGUAUCCACUGCGUCAGCUGCCUGGCCGCGUGUAACCUUCUUUUCUGCAGAUUGGGCCGUACCCUCUGGCCAGGACACUGACGAGUCAUAUGAUGUGAUCCUGGCAUUAUCAGUCAUUAAAUGGAUCCAUCUCGAACAUCGAGACGCUGGUCUAGUUGCAUUUUUUGAAAAAUGCUCUUCGUCGUUGAGAACAGGUGGAUACCUCAUUAUUGAACUCCAGGGCUGGGACUCAUACCAAAAGGCCGUUCGCCCAAACCACUCUCCGCAUUUUCAAGAGACUUUGAUGGAGCUCCAGUUACGACCGGAGACUUCGUUCGACCACCUCCUUGCGAAUCAAGGUCUGCAGCUCUGCGCUUCAUCGGAUGCACUUCCUCGCCGCAUCAAUGUAUAUCGCAAGGUCUGA